GGACAACCUGAAGGGAGUCUUGUCAGCCGCGACGCGAGCUCCCGAUCAGCUGGAGGCUCAGCUCACGUGGAAAUAAUCAAUCAUGGAAUUAUUGGUUCGAUAUCUGGAGAGGAGCAGCUCGAUCAGCUCUGUAAUGACUCAGGACGUCAUCAAAGAGCAGAACCUGAGAGACGACCUCAGGUACUACUUCAUGAGCCCGUGUGAGAAGUACCGGGCCCGGCGGCACAUCCCCUGGAAGAUGGGAGUCCAGAUCCUGAAAAUCAUCAUGAUCACCACACAACUCGUCCUGUUCGGCCUCAACAACCAGCUGGUGGUUUCCUACAAGGAGGAGAACACGAUGGCCCUCAAGCACCUCUUCCUGAAGGACUUCAGCGGCGUGGACGAGGACGAGUACAGCGUCGCCGUGUACACGCAGAGCGACGUCUACGACAGCCUCUUCCACGUCCUGGACCAGUUCAGCCAGCUGGACCGGCUCACUGUGGGUCCCAUCGGCUACGCUGAAGAUGAAGACGGGAAGCUGCUGCCUCUCGUCAUCUGUAAGGAAUACUACCGGAGGGGCAGCGUGGAGCCUUCAGACGAGUCGUACGACAUCGACGCCCAGCUGGAGACGGAUUGUAUGUCACACGAUCCAGCCACCUCAAACCAGUGGAGAACCCAGAAUUCCUCCUUUUUCGAUCUGGACUUUUACAGACUUGUUGACUUAAAAAUAAGCUUCCAGCUGAAGGGAAUCAACCUGCAGACGGUGCGGUCGCGGGAGCUGCCUGACUGCUACUCCUUCUACGUGACAAUAACGUUUGACAACCAGUGUCACAGCGGAAUGGUGAAAAUAUUCCUGGAUAUAGAUGCUACGAGCAGCGCCUGCCGAGACUGGAAGAUUUCUGGGACGGCUCAGAAGAACACGCACUAUCUGCUGGUGUUCGACGGCUUCGUCAUCCUGGUUUGCAUAACGUCGGCCGUGUUGUGCACGCGCUCCAUCGUGCUGGCCGUCAGGUUAUUCCAGAGAUUCGCCCGAUUCUUCCACGAGAACUUCAACCGUAAAGUGUGUGAGGAGGACCAGAAGGAGUUUCUGAACGGCUGGUACGUGAUGGUGAUUGUCAGCGAUCUCUUGGCCAUAGUUGGAUCCAUUCUGAAGAUGGAGAUACAGGCAAAGAGUCUAACGAGUUAUGACGUGUGCAGCAUCUUCCUGGGAACGUCGACGCUGUUGGUGUGGGUCGGCGUCAUCAGAUAUCUGGGAUACUUCCAGAAGUACAACGUGCUGAUUUUAACCAUGCAGGCAGCUUUCCCCAAAGUCCUGCGUUUCUGCUGCUGCGCCGGCAUGAUCUACCUCGGAUACACCUUCUGUGGAUGGAUCGUACUGGGACCCUACCACGAGAAGUUUGAAGGUCUGAGUCGAGUCGCCGAGUGUCUCUUCUCGCUGGUGAACGGCGACGACAUGUUCACCACCUUCGCCCAGCUGAAGGACAAGAACACGCUGGUGUGGCUGUUCAGCCGGGCGUACCUCUACUCCUUCAUCUCCCUGUUCAUCUACAUGGUGCUGUCGCUCUUCAUCGCCCUCAUCACCGACGCCUACGAGACCAUCAAGAACUACCAGAAGGACGGGUUCCCGCUGACGGACCUGCAGAAGUUCCUCAGAGAACAGGGAGACUUUCCUGUGAUGGAGGAGGACAGUCGGACCGACGCUGGACUCUCGAGCUCUGUUCUCUGCUGCUGCCGACGAGUUCCAGUAAACGACGAUGAGAUCCUGAUCAGCUGACGGCCGCCACGCCUCCAGAUGAGCUGGUUCAGGGAGGACGACGCUGGAAACUGGACUUCACAUGUCUGACGUGAAGAUUCCAAAAAAUCCUGGAAAGUGUAUUUACCUUUUCCAAGAAUCAGGUGCAACAUGAAACACGAAAUGAGCUCCAAGCUUCACCGAACGCUGAACUGAAAGUCAAGCUGCAGAGCUGGAACUAAGACCAGAACGUUUCAUGUGUUAACGGCACCGAUUCGCUGUUUAGAAGUUUACAAGGCCUUUUAAGAUUUGCACACGCCAAAGACCUAGAUUCUAUAUUUUCUGAAUAUGAAUGUCGCUGCAUAAACCGGUGCAACGUUAUGCAGCGACACGUGUAAUUUAUUGUCUUAUAUUGUUGGAGUAAAGUUAAUCUUUUCAUUUA